UCGAGCUUCGUGUUCCAGUGAACAGAAGUGCGUUGUGUGUCUUUUGUCCCCUUUGACAGGAUCAGUAAUCCAGGUUGUACACCGGGCAGCCAUGAGCCUGGUAAACGGGGCGGUGGAUGGUCUGCAGGACAGUUUGGAAGCAGCAAAGAGAGAACUGGCGUCUCUAAAGGCGAAAGUGGACAAGGCAGACGAUGUGAAAGCCGGGCUGUUUCUGGAAAAGAUGGAGGCAGAACAAAGGAAGACCAAGGCCAAGCAGGAGAUGUUGAGUCACGCCGACAAGCAACAGAGUUACCUGAAAGAGCUCAAUCAGAGCCUGACCCUUGUCCAGGAUGAAAUCACAACGUGUUCUAAAGGCAAGCAGGGUCUGAUGGACAAACUGAGGAGAUGUCAGCAGGAGCUGGACGACAGGAGAGCUGAGGCGGUCACACUGAAGCAGAAGUUCAAGAUUUCUGCCCAGAUUCCAGACACGGAGGUGAAGUUUCUUCAUCCGCAUGAGGAGGAGGAAGUGGGAGCCGGGUCCGGUCAGCUCAUUAGAGGAGUGUUCACCAUCAGCCAGAGAGCGGUGCUGCUUCUGAAGGGAGGACAGGCGCUCGUCUCCUUCGAGGAGGAGAAAGUGGCCUGCCAGAUCUUGAAGAACUCCAAGUGCGUCGUCUCCUGUGAAGACACCUCUGUGGAGGUGAAACCAAGACCGAUCACGUUGGAUCCUGCCGUGAAGUUUGAGGUACACCUUGACGUCUCCAGGGAGGAGCUGAACGUAUCCGACAUCCCUGCUUCCAUGUCAAAGGAGAGGACCAGGGACCGUCUGGAGCUGAGCUUUUCCAAACCCAGCAGAGGAGGAGGAGAGGUGGAGGUGGUGGAGUAUGACGAAGACUCAGGAACCGGAAAGAUCACGUUUCUGCACCCUGGGGUUGCAGAGAGACUGGCCCUGAUUGGACGUUACAACGUACAUCUGAAGAACAACACUGAUGUGAAGGUUGGACCGUCAUUUGAAUACAAGCUGCAGAAGUUCCAGACGUUCUGUUGCUCCACAAAGAGAACUGUCCUCCUGGAUGACAUCAAGGACGUGGAGGACGAGGAGGACCUCCAGGACCACCUGGAAAUCCACUUCCAGAAACCCAGCAACAGUGGCGGUGAGAUUGAGAGCAUCAGGUACGCCUCCGGAGGGAAGCGCCUGCAGGCGUUGUUCGGUGAGGACCCCGCCCGCCUGUGAGUCCGGCCGGCAGCCGUCUCAACCAGGACGGACCUUUACAGGCUCUGUUUCCUUGAUCUGCUUCUCAUCUGGGAAGUUUUCAGAUUCUUCUCCCUCAUCCAAACCUUUGACCUGUAACGUGGAUGUAGAUGUCUGGUCCAGUCACAAAUAAAAUGGUUUGAAACAGUCA